AUGCUUAGGUUAUCAAGAAGUAUCGACCAAAGACUGCUUCAGUGCGGUGCCAUGAGACAGCUGCGGGCCGCGAGCGUGGGUUGCAGUGGCUCUAAAUUGCUCACUCAAAGGGGAUUCUCCACUAGGGCAGGCCUGUGGCAAACAAACGACAAGAAACCCUUGAGUAGAGUUCCCGUGGGCGGCGCACCCAUCCCAAAGGACCACAAGAGGGCGAGCGAGGGUUCUAUUGAGUUUUCCACGGGAAAGGCCAUUGCCCUGUUCCUCGCAGUCGGUGGGGCAAUCUCGUACUUCUUCAACAGGGAAAAGAACAGAAUCGAGACUCAAAAGGAGGCAGACGCGAAUAGAGGGUACGGGAAGCCCUCUCUGGGUGGGCCCUUCCAUCUGGAGGACAUGAACGGUAAUGAGUUCACAGAGAAAGAUCUUCUCGGCAAGUUUUCCAUAUUGUACUUUGGGUUCAGCAACUGUCCCGACAUCUGUCCCGAUGAGCUGGACCAGCUGGGCGUGUGGCUAAACGACUUGUCGUCUAAGCACGGUAUCACUCUGCAGCCUCUCUUUGUCACUUGUGACCCGGCAAGAGACUCUCCAGCGGUUUUGAAGGAGUACUUGAGCGACUUCCAUCCCUCCAUCUUGGGACUGACGGGCACGUUCGACGAGGUGAAGAACGCAUGCAAGAAGUACAGGGUGUACUUCUCCACGCCACCAAACGUCAAGCCAGGCCAGGACUACUUGGUGGACCACUCCAUCUUCUUCUACCUCAUGGACCCCGAGGGCCAGUUUGUAGACGCCCUGGGCAGGAACUACGACGAGAAGACGGGCGUUGACAAGAUUGUGCAGCAUGUCAAGAGCUACGUGCCUGCAGAGCAGCGCGCCAAGCAGAAGGAGGCGUGGUACUCCUUCCUAUUCAAAUAG